UGACGACCAUUACCAGUAGCCAGCCAUAAAGAUGGAUAUGGAUAUGAAUGCAAUUCUUUGUGGAAGAAAUCCAAUCAGUCGUCUCCAGGAGAUAUGUCAGCAAUGGGCGCUGCCUCCUCCUGUCUACAGAGAAGCUUCGGGUACCUACAGCCAGUUUGGUAGUGAGGUUACCUUCACAGUGGAGGGCAGCACGGUCACCUUCAACGGAAUGGGCAGGAAUAAAAAGAUGGCCAAGACCAGAUCUGCUGAGGAGGCGCUGAUAUUCCUGGCAGCCACUAAGCCUCACUUGUUGGAGCAUCCCCCCCCUCCUGAUCCUGAGAUGUUAGACGAAGCCUUAUCUGAGAUACGUUUGAAAGCUCAGGCCAAUAAGCAGCGAUCAGAGCCACUGGACAUGCGAGCCUUGGCCAGGGAAACUGAGGAACUGAGUCAUGUGAGGGUUAACUUGGACCUGAGCAAGUUGAUCCAGCAAAGCAGGACAAGGCUCGGACUCAGUCAGAAAGAGUUUGCUGCUAGAAUUAACGAGAAACCAAUUGUGGUCAUUGAUUACGAAGGUAGUCGAGCCAUCCCCAACAAUCAGAUCCUUGUUAAGAUGGAGAGGACGUUGGGAGUGCACUUGAUAGGGGAGAGAGCUGGUCAACCCAAGGUACUGGGCAGAGGAAGCAAGAGGAGAGCUGCUCAAUAACUCAGACAAUCACUUGAACAUUAACUACAUGUACACAUCUUUUUGUUUCAAAGAAUAUAAAAACACAGCAAAAAAAAUUGUUAUGAGAACUCUC